GAUCAACGAUCAACGAACUAUACUAUGUAGAUAGUACAUAGUAACCAGCCGAUAUAUGCGUACUCCGUAUAGUAUGUGUAUUGUUCUGGUUUCCGUACCGUCCCAGUCCAUUCCUGGGUCCCAUCCGAUUAGGGGAUCCGCGGUAACGAGGCGUACGAAGACUUCAUCCCUUCGAGCUUCUCUCUCACUGACCGCACCAGAAAACUCGUUCCCUAGACGAGCAACACACAACAUCCACCCAACCAACCACCACCGCAAUGAAACUACCACACGGCGCCUCGACAUCCCCAUUCCCUUUCAUCCCUCCCCCGUCCUUCCUUUCUUUCUUUCCUCUCCCCCCUUCCUCCCUCUACUCUCACUCUAUACCCACGAUCAACACCACCCACCACCGCCAUCACCACUAUUCUAGGCCUCACCACCAGACUAUGUCACCGCGGCCUCACCCUGCCUGUCUCAAUCAGCCCUGCCAGACUCUCGCCUCGCCUUGACCCAAUCUCGCCGCCGUGUUCGACCCGAUCCACGCCAACGCUCUUCUCUCCACCACCACCAACCUUACUCUCCGUCACCCACGUCACGAUCACCGUUUAAUUCCUCAUUCCCCCCCUUCCC